UUUAUAUGAGAGCCACUCCCACUUUAUCUGGCCAAUGGUCCCUGCGGAGGUCAAUCUGGCAUUCUCUAAAGCCCAGACUCCGUGCUGAGUAACCUCGGGGAGAGGUGAAGUUGUGUGUUGACUUUCCCGAAGGCACUUCCAGCGUCCCGCCCCACGCUCCAGCGUAAACAGGCGGUUCCCGAGGCAACGCCUGGAACCCAAGCUAAAGGCUCCGCGGGGUCCGGGGCGACAGCCAGCCCUCCAGCAGACCCCGACUACCGGCAGCAGCCUCUCGCCCAGGCCAAGCCUCCCCUGGUGCGUAAUGAGCAGCCCCGAGGCGGCCGCGGAGCCCCAUGGAGCAGCCGCCAUCGCCGGAGGGCCGCCAGCCCCUGUGCAUGGCCUUGUCCAGCAGCCCACGCUCCGGCGCCCCCUCCGCGGCCGGCACACCUGGCGGGACUUCCUCCGCGGAGACGGCGGCCGUGCUCUCCUUCAGCACCACAGCUACCGCGGCGGCCGCGGCGCUGGGGAACCAGAGCGGCAGGACCGAAGGCGACAUCACUGGCGCCUCGGCUGGCCACGGCCUCGGCUGGCACGGGGCGGCUGGGGUGGAGGGGAGGCCGCUGCUGUCUUACGGGGCGGCGGUGGCGGCCCAGGCGCUCGUCCUCCUGCUCAUCUUCCUGCUGUCUAGCCUGGGCAACUGCGCGGUGAUGGGGGUGAUCGUGAAGCACCGACAGCUCCGCACCGUCACCAACGCCUUCAUCCUGUCCCUUUCCUUGUCGGACCUGCUCACAGCGCUGCUAUGCCUGCCUGCUGCCUUCUUGGAUCUCUUCACGCCGCCCGGGGUUUCCGAGCCUGACUCCGCCGCCGCCACAAUCCCCUGGCGCGGCUUCUGCACUGCCAGCCGCUUCUUCAGCUCGUGCUUCGGCAUCGUAUCCACGCUCAGCGUAGCCCUCAUCUCGUUGGACCGCUACUGCGCCAUCGUGCGGUCGCCCCGGGAGAAGAUUGGUCGUCGCCGCGCGCUCCAACUGCUGGCGGGCGUCUGGCUGUUGGCCCUGGGCUUCUCCUUGCCCUGGGAGCUGCUCCACACGCCCCGGGAGCCCCCGGCAGUGCAGAGCUUCCACAGUUGUCUAUACCGGACGACCCCAGACCCAGCGCAGCUGGGCUCGGCUUACAGCGUGGGGCUGGUGGUCGCCUGCUACCUGCUGCCUUUCCUGCUCAUGUGCUUCUGCCACUACCACAUUUUCAAAGCUGUGCGCCUGUCGGAUGUGCGCGUGCGGCCUAUGACCACCUACGCACGCGUGCUGCGCUUCUUCAGCGAGGUGCGCACAGCCACCACUGUACUCAUCAUGAUCGUCUUCGUCAUAUGUUGCUGGGGACCCUACUGCUUCCUGGUGCUGCUGGCUGCUGCCCGUCAGGCCCAGGCCACGCAGGCCCCCUCGCUCCUUAACGUGGUGGCUGUCUGGCUGACCUGGGCCAAUGGAGCCAUCAACCCUGUCAUCUAUGCCAUUCGCAAUCCCAACAUAUCGAUGCUCCUAGGGCGCAGUCGGGAAGAGGGUUACCGGACUAGGAACGCAGAUGCUUCCCUGCCUAACCAGGGCCCAGGCCUGCAGGCUAGAAGGCGCAAUCGCCUGCGAAACCGAAACCGCUGUGACAACCGGCUGGGAGCCUGCAGCAGAAUGACCUCUUCCAAUCCAACCAGCGGGGUGGCUGGGGACGAGGCCUUGUGGGCUCGCAGAAAUCCAGUUGUACUUUUCUGCCGGGAAGGGCCACCAGAACCUAUGACAGCAUUGGCCAAACAGCCUAAAUCUGAAGUCGGGGAUACCAGCCUCUAAGAAGGAUUGGCACGCACAGUUUGUGAAGGCAAAUUUUCACCGGCUUUAUAAACGAUACGGGAUUCUGGGGGAAAGCGCGUAUUUCAUAAAGCCAAACACUUAAAGAAGGUAUAGAGGAGGAGGCCUACCCCUCUUCCCCCAAGACAACAUAUAAGACAAUGUCCCCUUCUUCAAAAGGGACAAAGGGAAUGUAAAGUGCAAACAUUAAAGUGAUCUUAAACCACACAACCAAGCAUUGUGAACUGGAAGUGCCAAAAAUGUCUAAAAUAAAAUUCACAGUUACCGAAAAGCUCAUGUUACAGGAUUCACACUGUGAAACAAACAAAAUCGUUGAAUGCGAUCAGCAUUUGUUCAAACACCUAGAAUUUCAGGAAAGAACAGACACCCUCAGAAUUGCUGACCACCCCUCUAAGUCACCGACAUUCAACAAAACUUCAGAUUCCUAGAAUAUGCUACUCUGACACGUGCACGAGGUGCUUAGAUUGGGAGAAAAUUCUUAUCUUUACACACUUUGGUGUACUCUACAAUCUGUGGGAAAUUAAAAAUUCCUAUUCCAUAUAAAACCAUUGUAGGAUUUUGAAAAGGUGGUUUAUUGUCAUAAAAUUGAAUCACCUGCAGUAUGAAAAUAAAGAAGUGUGGCUGUUUAAAAAAAGUAUUCGAAGAUCAUCCUUAAAAACUAAUAUUCUUCACCCUACCCUCAGAAUCACCUGCCCGGUCCAGCUCUGAGGCUCUGCCCUAACUCUAGCCUGACUCUUUGUUUCUAAUAAAUUGGUGGGUGCCCCUCUCAGGAUGCUUUCACACUUAAAAAAAAUAACUUUUAUAGUAGAAAAUCUUUGUCCAUUGAGAUAAAAUAAUUUUUGGAUGCAGCCAGAAAUGUAAUUUGAAGUCAGGUUGACAGAAUCGGGUGAGUAUGCAGGGUCCAGCAGUAGUGAUGCCGGCUUGAGUGUGGUGGUAGGAUA